AUGACUUUUAAACGCAGCUCUUCUGUCGAGUCGAUGUCGAAAAUACCGCAAGCAUCCACUUACUUCGCCAGCUUUUCUGGCUUCGAUCACGAGCCCAACAGCCCCGUGAGUGAGGAGUUCAAGCGCCUGGCCAAGUGGAGAGGUUGGAAAACUGGAUCCAAAAACUGGAGGAAGAACUGGAAUCGCUGCAUAACCGAACAGUAUGAUUUACUGAUCGGAGACCGAAUUAAUGACCUCGCAACCUGGCAGCAAAUGUGCCGGAAGCUCGAUAUUUUGGGCGAAUUUCCAUCGAUCACCAAAUGUCGGAAGGCGCUCUCGCAUGUCUAUGUGAACCUCGUCGAUUUGUUGGAGUGCUGGGAGGACGAACGAUCACCCGAGCUCUUCGAAAACGCCAAGCAAUUGUCGAUUUACACCAAGCGCGAGAGCAAGUUCUUCGGUCGGCAGAUUGCCAAGCAAGACAAAGCGUUGCGCACCUUGCUGAAGAGGAUCGGCUGA